UCUGUGACCAUACUUAUAGAGCAACCUGCAAGAUGGGACGGUGGUUUUUCGUGUGUGUUCUUUGUUCUUACGCGUAUGGUCACACGCACACGGAUGAUAACCUUGGAAGUUCAGUAGAGCUCAAACAGCCAGUGGUAGUGUCCUCCUCUGGAGAAUUUCGUGGAGGAUACAAUGUGACGCGGAGCGGGCGCAGGUUCGAGACCUACCGCGGCAUACGUUACGCGGAGCCACCUGUGGGCACCUUGAGGUUCCAGCCUCCCAUCUUAAUUCUCAACUACGAAAGUCCCGUGGAUGCGAGCGAAGAUGGUCCAGCGUGCCCUCAACCCACCAAACCAGGUUACAAUGUUAAUGAGGACUGCCUCACAAUCAAUGUCUACACUCCGCUUAAAACUAAUAGGUCCAAACCGUUACCAGUAAUUUUCUACAUUCACGGAGGUGGAUUUUAUUCUUUAUCAGGUCGAAGCGACAAAGCUGGUCCGCACUACCUACUUGAUCGGGACAUCGUGCUUGUUACAAUCAACUAUAGACUUGGUUCGCUUGGUUUUCUUAGUACAGGCGACGAGCUAGCUCCUGGAAACAACGGCUUGAAAGAUCAAGUGGCAGCACUUAAAUGGGUGCAGCGCAACAUUGCUGCUUUUGGUGGUGAUCCCAACAGUGUCACGAUUGCAGGCUGCAGUGUGGGUUCUAAGAGCGUAAUGCUGCACAUGAUUUCUCCUAUGUCUAAAGGUCUGUUUCAUCGCGGAAUUUCGAUGAGUGGAUCGCCUCUAUACGCUAUGCCUUCACCAGACAAUUUAUACCACUUGGCAGAGAAACAGGCACGAUUACUCAAUUGUUCGAUUACUGAUAACUCAAAAGCUAUUAUCGAUUGUCUGAAGAGGAAGACUUGGCGUGAGCUCGGAGACUCUUUAAAAGGAUUCAAUGAAUUUGCCCAUAACCCCAUUGUAAUUUGGUCGCCCGUGGUAGAGAUAGACUAUGGGCAGGAGAGAUUUUUGACAAUGCAACCACUUGAUGCCAUCCGCGAAGGAAAGAUGCACGCUGUUCCAUACAUCAUCAGUCAAACGACCGAUGAAUUCUUCUGGAAAGCCUUCACUAUAUUAGGGAACGAGACCUUGACAGAACAAAUGAAUGCAGAAUGGGACAGAAUAGCGCCGAUAACAUUCAUAAUGCCACGAGAAAAUUCAUCAUAUGCGACUCAGAAACUGUUCUCAGUAUACCUUAAUAACCAGCCUCUGCGCAAUGACGCUGAGAGCGCUAAGAAUCUUGGCUUGUUAUUCCAAGAUGGAGUUGAAAGUUUCCCAAUUCACAGGAUGGCCAAUCUAAUGUGCCGCCACUCUCCUUACCCUGUAUGGUACUACGAGUUCAACUUCAUUGGCACCCACAGUCACUACGAAGAUCCAGUUACCAAAAAACCAGUUGGAGUUGCUCACCAUGACGAUCUAAUUUACCUGUUUUCAAUGAGCGCAUUCCCCGCCAUCUCGACUGAGGGACGCGAUGCUGUUCUCGUGGACAGGAUGACCGGCAUCUGGUACAACUUCGCUAGAUACGGAGACCCAAAUCCACGAGGAGCAGGUGACCUUCCCGAGUUAGAGGGUCUCCAGUGGCCAGCAAUGAAAUCUGACGACCGCAAGUAUCUGCGCAUAGCAGAUGACCUCACUGUCCACGUUAACUUGAAGGAAGACAGAAUUAAAGUUUGGGAAGAAUUAUAUCCAAUUCAGUAUUAAUAUUAGUUUAUAAUAUACCUACUUACUGAACUAUUAAAGCUACUUUAUUAUUAAAGAAACUGAUGAAGUA